AUGGCCAACGACGGCCAGUCCUCGAAGAAGAAGCGCGGUGACGAAGAAUAUCCGCAGGAGCUCGACUCUGGUCAAAAGCCGCUCCAGCUUCAACGCAGAAGGGUAUGGCGUGCCUGUGAAAGCUGCAGACGGAAGAAGAUCAAGUGUGACGGCACCGAGCCUACCUGCUCUCAAUGUGCAGCAUCCGGAUCGCAGUGUACCUGGCUGCAGACGAAAGACAGGGCGGCGCUGAGUAGACACUAUGUCCAGGAGCUCGAGUCGCGACUGCUACACAUGGAGUCCCUUUUUUCUCAGAUCGCUCCAGUGCUGGAUCAGUUUGGCCCUUUGCCCAAUCCCACACCAAGCAAUGGGCUUUCGUCGCCCGUCUCCGGGCCGUCUGGUUCUGAAUCUGCACCCGCCGCUAUGCAGUCCCGCAGUCUCCCGCCGAAAGAUCGGUCGCCUUCUGUCCCCAUAAAGGCUGAAGAAGACGACGUCAGCGAAUCUUUUGGCCAGCUUGCCCUGGACGAGUAUGGGCAUAUGCGGUGGAUCGGCGGUUCAUCAACCAUGUCGCUGAUACAAUCUUUCAAAGCGCUGACUACGUCCUCUGUGCACCGUCGCUCCCCAAUGGAGGAAGAUCCUAUGGCACCUGGUCCUAGUGUUAACAAGCUUUACUUUCCAGCUGCCGUAUUCUUCGGUAAAACGAAGAGCGCAUUGCCUGGUGCGGAGCAAGUCGAAUACCCUCCAAGGGAUCUUGCUGAUAAACUUGUUGGCGCUUACUUCUCGCGCCUCCAUUUCCUGAACCCAGUGAUCGACAAGCCGUCCUUCUUGCGAAAAUAUAACUUUCUGAUCGAGAACACGCACGAUCAUUCAUUCGCUCGCGCUGAAACGCCGUUCCUUGCCCUUGUCUUUGCGGUGUUUGCCUGUGCAGCGCGUCUCGUCGAGGACGAUCGACUUACCACGGGUGACUCACAAGAUGACGGAGGGAUGGGCAUGGUUUACUAUGAACGCGCCCUCAUUCUCCAGUAUAUCAGCCAUGCAGAUAUCCAGGUCGAUCACGUGCAAUGUUUCUUGCUGCUCUCCACAUUCCUAUGUGCAGUAAAUUGUCUUCCUCAAGCUUGGAUUUUGGUCGGACAAGCUGUGCGAACAGGGCAGGACCUAGGACUGCAUCGCUCUCCACGACGAUUGACGAUCACACCCAUAGAGAAGGAAACACGUCGGAAGGUCUGGUGGGGAGUGUAUGCCUUGGAUCGAAUGCUUGCCUUGGCUCUGGGCCGCCCUCUCGGAGUGAACGAUUUUGAUUGCGACGUGGAGUAUCCUGUGGAGAUCGACGACGAAUACCUGCCCGAUUAUUUCAAUGGUGUCAUCACACCUCAGCGGCAACCAGCCCUUCUUGCCGGUUUCAUCAACCUUGUCAGCCUCUACAAGAUUGGGGGAAAGGUGCUGCGGGAAGUUUACGCGCUCGAAGUUUGCCGGGACAAUUUGGAGCCAGAUCGAAAGGCCGAGCUUCAGAAGACCGUCGAGAAUCUGGAUGCCGAGUUGACGCAGUGGUGCGAAGACUUGCCGGACAUGUUCAAGUCACAGUCCGAAACGGACCAGCAAGUCUCGAUGGGCGCUGUUCUCUGCAGCCAUUACUACUCGGUGUUGACCACACUGCAUCGCAAUCUGUUGCCAGUCAAGCGUGACCAACCUGUCACAGCGAAAUCGACGGUGAAAGCGGUUUCCUCGGCUCGAUCGUGCAUUCGGCUCGCUCCGUCCAUCAAGAAUGUCGUCCCAGCAUGCCACCAUCUUGCAUUCUUCAUCCAGCAUCUUUUCAGCUCCGCAGUAAUCCUCUUGCUUUAUGCUAUGCAUUCAUCGGAACCCCGGGCAGCGGCUGCCGCCAUGGAUGAGGCGAAGAGCACCCUCGGGGCGCUCGAAUCAUGGGAGGGUCACUGGCCCGGGGCCCGCAAAUGCAAGGAGCUGUUGAUGGAGCUCACGACCACCGCUGCUGAUGCUGUGGCCAAGCAGCAGGUGGCUGAACUCUCCGACAGUUUUCCUGGCAGAGAGCGCCGUCGCUCGGUUACCAUUGCAGCAGGUUCGAGUUCGCGGAUCAGCAAGAGCAAACGGAGGAAUCAGUCGCGGGACCCAGGGACGACCUCUAACCGAAGACUUGCGGCCGUGUCCCCUUAUCGUGUAGACAGUGCUCAACGAGCUAGAUCGACCUCUCGACGGCGGGGUCUCGAUGACGAUAGCAAGGACCGACGCUCGUCGAUGUACCAAAGCUUCGCGAGCCCUGCUUCUGCACAAAGCGCCAGCCCCCACAGUUCCCCUCCUUCUGUGACUGUGCCAUCACCGGUUCCUGCGCUGGAGAGCAGCUCGCCUCAGCCGAGCCCGACGCUUGCCGCUAACACUGCCUAUGGCUACAACCCCAAUUCGUUCGACUUUGAGUACGGCAUGAAUCCGCUCAGCCACAACGGGAACGGGCAGCAGCCGUGGAAUGGAUCUUCGAACGGCGACUCGCAGGGGGCAGAGCUGUAUCCGCAAUACAACAACUCGUAUGCGCCGUACAGCGAUCUAGACUCAUUCUCGUUCGCCGGACAAGCGACUGAUCCCGGCUUGGCCGAGCUGUCCUCUGCGUUUGCGCCUGGACUUCCUUUCCGCGGUCUAGAGUAUAUCCGGAACUACGGGAACGGGAGCGGGAGUGUUGCUGGGGGCUAUCCUGUGGGCGAACAGGACUCGUUGUGGAAGAGCUAUGAUCCGAACGCAUUUGAGUAUAACCCGGACCUGCCCUUCACCUUCCACGGGGACGCCAUGACCACUGACGAAGCCCACUAAUGCUUAUCUUACUCACCAUCAUCUAUAUGCUUUGCCUUAUUGAACAUUGUUGUACGCAGAAUCUGUAGUUUUUGUAUCCCUACUGUAUGCAUCGUCCAUGACUACUGGUCACAGUAAUCUCGAAUUUCUUUCCAGUGA